GGUUUUGUUGAGGUUUGCAGCUGUGUAUGUUCUAUUAGUUGGCUUCAGUGAUUCAAGUGCCUUCUUAAAGCUCUUGAAUGAAUAUGAAAAGUGAGAAAUAUUUAAACGUUUAUGCUCACCUUACCUGCACGUGACAAUAGACGGACUUGUCGAAGUGCAGUGUAUAUAAAAAAAUCACAGCUUCUUGCAUUAAUGCACACUUAAUAAAACUAACAAUAUUAGUACUGAAAACGACUGUUGUUACUGAGAAAGUUUCAAUCACGGUGGAUUUCUUGUGAUCAAUCCCUCACUAUCUCAAAAUGAAGUUGAAGGAGAAGCGCUUCACCCUUCAUGUUGAUCUAACUAAGUCCUUCCUGGAUAUUGAUAAUCUAAAGCUCAAAAAGUUGUUCCGGAGUCCUCAGCAGCAGCAACAGCAAGCUGCUGCGGCGGCAGCUGCUGCAGGACCUCAGCAGCAGCUUCAGCUCCUGGCCGCACAGCAGCAGUACCUCGCUCAGCAGGGCUUGGCUCCAGCUGCUGCAGGCUUCCCCAACGCACCUUACGUUAUCAAUACUGCUCAGGAGCCAUACACGCUUAUUGCCGCACCGGGCGCCGCAGCAGUUAUCCCUCAGUACUAUGGAGUGCACUGGGGAGUUUACCCGGCUAACAUCAUCCAGCAGCAACAACAGCAGCAGCAACAGCAAGGCGCUGCAGCUCAACUUGCUGCAGCUGCAGGACAGCAGCAGCAACAGAGACGACCACUGUCGCCAUCUCAGAAUGAUGUCACGAGUCAAAAUAAUGGAGGAUUGGCUCAGAAUCUGCAGCAGUAUCAGGUAAUCCCGACGUACUACGACCAAAACGGGGCCAUGUUGAUGGCGGGUAACUUGCGUGGCGUUGGGAACGGUGGCGCCGUGAGGCUCGUGUCACCAGCGCCCGUCAUCAUCAACUCGGCCAACGGACCACAACCUCAGCAGCAACCUCCGACUACCCUCAGGCUCAUGUCAUCUCAGGCGCCUCAGAUCGGAACACCUCCUGCAUCUCUGUACAGCAGCACCCAGAGCGGCAAUGGCCUCAGCACGCCUUCCUUCACUGUCAAUAACUCCAUUGCUGAUUCCAUCUCUCAAAGCUUGCAGACUUCCAACUCCCUAACUGGCAACAGCUACUCUCUCAACCUGCAAAGUAGUAGUCUAGGUUUUGGCAAUAACACUUUGGGCACCAUUGGAUCUCCUUCCAUUGGAAACCUCGGCAUGGGAACCGGUUCAAGCAUGGCUCGGCGGGACUCCCUUGAGCGCACAUCGGUUUUGUCUCCACUGUCCCAGGACUUCCGAGCCCCCAAGUGGGCGAGCAGCUACGGAGCUGUCGGUAAUGUCGCCGCAUCUCCGGGUCCCAUGUUAGGGGGAAGUCUGACCCCACCGCCCCCUUUGGGAGUCGCCGCCGGACUCGGUUUGGGUAACAUUGUCUCUGGAAACAGGAUGAUUUCCGCAGCUCCUGGUGCGGAGGCCAAGUUUAGGAACGGUGCCAGUAACGGAGGUUACUUCGGUGCCCCCAAUACAUCCGCUCUGUUCCCUACAUUGAAGAAAAAUUUGAACGUUGAGAAGUGCGCUGGUCGGUCUCGUCUUCUAGAAGACUUCCGCAAUAAUCGUUACCCUAACCUGCAGCUUCGUGAUCUCGUCAAUCACAUCGUCGAGUUCAGCCAAGACCAGCAUGGGUCACGUUUUAUUCAGCAAAAGCUGGAACGAGCUACACCAGCUGACAAGCAAAUGGUUUUUGCCGAGAUCCUAAAUGCUUCGUACUCGCUGAUGACGGAUGUUUUCGGAAACUACGUUAUCCAGAAGUUCUUCGAGUUUGGAUCCACUGAACAGAAGAGCGUGCUUGCCAGUCGGAUCAGAGGCCACGUUCUGCCACUUGCGCUGCAAAUGUACGGAUGUCGCGUGAUUCAAAAGGCAUUGGAAUGCAUAACGCAAGAUCAACAGAAAGAAAUUGUGCGGGAGCUGGAUGGUCACGUUCUCAAAUGCGUCAAGGAUCAAAAUGGAAAUCAUGUUGUCCAGAAAUGCAUCGAAUGCGUGGAACCGAACGCUCUGCAGUUCAUCAUCAACGCAUUCCAGGGGCAAGUGUACAGCCUCUCAACUCAUCCUUACGGAUGCCGCGUCAUCCAGCGCAUUUUGGAGCAUUGCAUGGCUGAGCAGACCGGCCCAAUAUUGGAAGAGUUGCACCAGCACACCGACCAGCUGCUCCAGGAUCAGUAUGGCAACUACGUCAUCCAGCAUGUCUUAGAACAUGGCAAGACGGAAGAGAAGAGCAAAAUUGUGAACGGCGUUCGUGGAAACGUUCUGAAACUGUCGCAGCACAAAUUCGCCAGCAAUGUCGUCGAGAAAUGUGUCACCCAUGCUACUAGAUCUGAGCGAGCAAUACUUAUUGAAGAGGUUUGCGGAGGCUACAAUGACAGCGCCCACAGCACACUCCUUGUGCUCAUGAAGGACCAGUACGCCAAUUAUGUGGUACAGAAGAUGAUUGAUGUUGCUGAGCCUGCACAGCGAAAAAUUCUCAUGCACAAAAUUCGACCCCACAUCGCGACUUUGCGAAAGUACACUUAUGGUAAACAUAUCUUGGCGAAACUGGAGAAGUAUUUCAUGAAGAACAACGACUCAAUGGGUGGCACAAUGGGAAAUUCCAUGUAAACCAUCACGAGGCCCGGACGGCAUGCUUGUUGCGGUUCUUCAGAGCUUCAUUUGAUUUUUUCAAGUACACUUUGUCGACCGAGUUUUCUGUCCAUCAUUUUGCAUAGGUGUAACAUUGUAGACUUUAACAUAAAUGUAGUAAUAAUAUUUUAGACUUGAUCGAAGGUUUCUCUCAAUUCAUUCGUCUUAUAGUCUUUUCGCGCCAACCCCGUUAUUUUACAUUAAUUAUUGAUUCCUGUGCGUUGGAAUGUUUUUUUUUUCAUAACUAGUAUAACGUUUGUCUUUCGCGUCAAUUAUUUGACCAAGUUUAAGUCGACUUGUACUGACGGCGUAUCCUACUGAUGGCACAUGCACUGAUGUGCUUGAGAGUAUACGUUUUGGUGAGCAUACACGCUCGAAUUGAAGCCUUUGUUCCCUCGUCGCUUGAAUGACGACUCGCUCUUUAUUACAUUAAUCUGCUAUUCUAGGACUUUAAGUUAAUCGUGUAUUGUAGCUGUUGUAGUUACGAUAUCGCUCCGAUAUCCUAGUUGCUCUUUGUUCUUGCUUGAAAUGAUGCAUUGUCUCUUAAUAAGGCGACUUAAAUGAGACACUUUCGAAAUCAGCAUAUGCUGCGUAAUAAAUUCAAUAUUGUGUUCAGUCACCCACAUAGAUUUGUCUUGCACUCAUAUAUGAUGUGACUGUUUGGUGUUAAAGUCGAUAUUAAGACAUCAGUCAAGUUGCAGUUUGCUAUUUGGUAUCAGUAGUAAGUGACCAGCGUUGAGAUUUGAAGAAUUUCAGUUUCAUUUAAUUGAAGGAUUUGAUUAUCAAAGCAUUGAACGGUCGUCUUUGUUCAGCGCUGCCUAUAGUUUUUCAUGUGGUCAGUGAUAUUGACUCUGGGAUAAUGUUUGAUAAUCAACAGUUAACUUAAACGAGACCGUAAUGAACGAAUUCGUUAUGAUUAUUUACAGCAUGAUUUUUCCCUAAUUAUACUGACUUUUGUUUCACGUCUGCCAAGGCCUCUAUUUUUAUCUUGUUGGAGAGAGCUAUGGUAUCAUUCUUGACUUUAUAAUCAGUAAUGUGUUAGAGAAAUUCUAGCUAGUAUUGGGGUUCCAUAAGCGAUUUACUGUUAGUGAAACUGGGCGAAAGAAGCUGCCUAGAUUUUUAUUAGGCUGCGUAUCGUAACCGGUUUAGUUUUAAGUGAUUAUUACUAUUAUCUUAUUAGUGUUAAAUGACUGCAGAAUUGUGUUUUCUUGAGUAGUUUUACCCUUUGGGUUGAAGAGUCCUUGUUUAGUGCGUGUGUGUGAGAGCUAUUCUGUCAUCAUUGCCGUUAACAUAUUUGUUCAAACUGCUCCAUGUUCCCGGUUGCAUCAGUCUCUCGUUCGCUCAUUAUUGUAAUUGAAUUUUGAAAUGUGUACAGGCAUUUUUUUGUGAGGGGGCAUUAAUUACUGUAAAUCUGCUGUACAGUUCAAAACUAUAUUUUCCUACUUGUUUAUGUGGUGUUACCUUUGUUUCUUUUUGUUGAUACAGCCCUGAGCUCCCACGAUUCUUGAUUACUUGUCUUGUGCCUCGAGGAAAAGACUUUUAUUAAGACCAUCGAUUUCUGACAUCGGUUUCUGCUGUGCCGUCCUCCGUGUUGAGUUCCUAUGCUAUUGCUAUUAUUUUUUUCGGUUUCGUGCGUUUAUUCCUCAGGGUGACUGAUUGCAGGGCUUUUCAAUUUUCUGCCGUCGUAUUUUCUUCAACGAUUCCUCCACUUCGCCAUAAUUUUGGGUUCCAAUUUUGGGCGUAUGGGAGUGUGAGCAAGCGAUUAAUAUCAUAUUUACUAGUAGCUUUACUAGUGUACGUUAGCGAUCUCCCUCACAGGCAGGCAUAGGCAAACUUUGUGUGCAUACUGUAGAAGUGUCCUCGCCAAAACCUCCUAAGCAACCGUGUUCAAAUUGUAAAUUCUGUGAAUAAAGGUGGAACAAUGCCGACACCAGUCAUCUGGUACGUGUAAACAUUUCUUGUAUGAAAUUAGUGUACAGAGAAAAUGUGUACAUUUGGGACAAUUCAUUUUGUAGACGUGCAUUGUACAGAGAAGGAAGACGUGAUAUAUCGCCGAGCUGUGUUACUCCUGUAUAGAAAUUUGUAAAUACUCAUUACGAAGGAAGAUCUUAGCUCGCUCUGUGCCUGCCUGUAGGGUUAUUGUUUGUGUUAUAAUUUUAAUGAAUCAUCCUCGUGUGCUUAGCUGUCCAUUCUGGUGUUGUGAUGCUUUCUUCUAUCGUUUUUUGUAUCGAUAAUAUUGUAGUUUGGUCGUUUCUGAAGGUUCUUCUCGUCGAUUGGAAACAAUGAAACGAGCUAUCCAAACAUUGUCUGUCAAUUGUGAAUCGAAGUUUUACAGCGAAACCUUUCUCACAUUGAGUGUUAGGAGAGAAAAUUCUAAGCUUCAUCGAUAUUUCAGGCAUGGUUAUGAAAGGUGCAGAAACCCUUUAUGAGCUUGCAUGCUGUUUUGCUGAAAUUCUUGCGAACUGAUAACGUCAAAAAAAAAAUUUACAUUCGGCUUGUACGUUUCAUUGGUUCGAAUGACAAAUCACGGCUAGUUAUUGACUAGCCUAGGCGACAAGUUAAUAACACUUGCUUUGUCUAAAUCCUUUUCUCCAUUAUGGAUUGGAGCUUACACCUACACCAUUUGGCUGAAUCUUACAUUCUUGAGCUAUUAGCAGCAUGUUAGGUCAUGGAAAUAAAUACGGGAUCGAGACACUUUCAGCUGCUCUCCGGUUCCAUGAGUGUUGCUUCUCAUUUGAUUAUAAUCCAUUUUACCGACGAGUAGUUUUCUCUGUGUCGUAUCCAUGUACUGGAUGGUAGUUAGUCGGUCUCUUAUAUUAAUAGGUAGUUGAAUCGGUAUAUCUUCAACGUAUUAAUGUUUGGCGCGUUUUCUGAUGAUACUUCGGAUCCGAACUAGUGUCGUAUGAAGCUUCUUGGAAUGUAUAAUAUGUAAAGAAAAAUUCAUCAAUAUGUAUAAAAGGGAGUAAGCAUUCCGUUUUCGACAGAAGCCCUUUUUCGCAUUGACAACUUUUGCAGCUUAUUUCCAAGAAUAUCAUAGAACAUUUUAGAGCAAAUAUAUGUGUGGUAUUUUUUUCAUUAUUUCCAACACAUGUCCAUGUACAAUUUUAUCUUUAAUUUUUUUUUACUUAUGUUUGAUACAGUAGCCACGAUUAGAUCUUUUUGUAUUGAAUUCGAAGUUGUAAUUACAAAAUUGUGGCACAUUGAUUUCGAACCAAGUCAGAAUAAGUACCUAACAAUUAUUUACUGAUUAGAUUUGAAUUUGAUGUCCAAUUACACUUCGCCGAGACGGUAAGAAAAUUAUUGUAAUGAGGAAUGCAGUUAAUGUCUAUUGACAGCUGUGAAUUGAGUUACUGUUGGUUGAAACCUUGCAUUAGCUGGUUACUCCGCUGACAAUCGCGACAUUCGUUUCCUUCGAGUAAAGCAGGUCGAGUCCAUUAAGAACCCUGCUCUAUACAUUGUAUAUACUAAGAUUUAUUCUCUUCCCAUGAUAGAAUUGCACAAUUGAUACUUUUCUUUGUUAACAACUAAUUCGUGAGGGUGCCGAUGCCGGUGACAAGAUUGUUGUUGGCGUGGAAUUAUGUUUGGGUACAAUUUGAUUGACGAAUUUUACCGCUCAUAGAGUUCAACUCUAUUUUUUAAUACAAGGAGGAGGCACAGCAUGAACGUUGUCACGAAGGUCUUGAUAUUUUGCGCAACCGCCCACAGACCGAUGUAAGUUUUUUUUUCUGUAGAUUCGUUGAGCGAACGUCCGUGGGAACCUCUCUCAUUGUCGCACCUUUUCGGGGGUUCUGUAGAAACUUUUCCUGCGUGUUAGCUUUUUUACGUUAUGUUUUACUAAGGCUUGCAUUGUAUGAUACUGUUAGUUAUACUGUUAUUUCAAGCGUUAAGUUAAACAAAUAGCUUAAUUUGUUCUGUUGUAGGAGUGUUGGCGCUGGCAUUGCUGGGGACAAGAUGUUUACAGGCCUUGUUUCAUCGGCUGGAUUUAUAACGCGUGAAGUGUGGGUUUGGUAUAAUUAACCUGAUGAAUUGACUCAUGAUACAAGAAUCAUUCUUUGAUCCAUGUCUUGGUCAUCGAUACUUCAACUGUGUGCGAAUUUUCAAAUUUUUUGUUCAAAAUAAUUGUAUUGGCCUUGUAGCUUCUGGCCCCUCAGUGUUGUAAAUGCUGUAUGAUAUGUAAUGGUUACUCCAUUAAUUAAAACAAUAAACUUCUCUGUAUCGUCAGCUCA